AUGUCAUUCUGUGAAGAAGUUCAAGGAUUGGUUGUCGAUAACGGUUCUGGUAUGUGUAAGGCUGGCUUCUCUGGUGAUGAUGCUCCAAGAUCAGUUUUCCCAUCUAUUGUCGGUUAUCCAAAGAUGCAAAGUACCAUGGUUGGUAUGGGUGGUAAGGACGCCUAUGUUGGUGAUGAAGCUCAAUCCAAGAGAGGUAUCUUGAAGUUGAAGUACCCAAUUGAACACGGUAUUGUUACUUGUUGGGAAGACAUGGAAAAGAUCUGGCAUCACACUUUCUACAAUGAAUUGAGAGUUUCUCCAGAAGAACACCCAGUUUUGUUGACUGAAGCUCCUCUCAAUCCAAAGACUAACAGAGAAAAGAUGACCAAGAUUAUGUUCGAAACCUUCUCCGUUCCAGCUAUGUAUGUUGCUAUCCAAGCUGUCUUGUCCUUGUAUGCUUCUGGUAGAACUACUGGUGUCGUUGUUGACUCUGGUGAUGGUGUUACUCACACUGUUCCAAUCUAUGAAGGUUACUCCUUGCCACACGCUGUCCAAAGAAUUGAUUUGGCUGGUCGUGACUUGACUGAAUGGAUGGUUAAGCUCUUGACUGAAAGAGGUUAUCAAUUCACCACUACUGCUGAAAAGGAAAUUGUCAGAGACAUUAAGGAAAAGCUCUCCUAUGUUGCUCAAGACUUCGAUGAAGAAAUGAAGAACUUCUCCACCAACCCAUCUUCCAUUGAAAAGGACUACGAACUCCCUGAUGGUAACGUCAUUGUUGUUGGUAACGAAAGAUUCAGAUGUCCAGAAGCUCUCUUCAACCCAAUGCUCAUUGGUCUUGAAGCUUCAGGUAUCCAUGAAACUACUAACAAUACUAUCAAGAAGUGUGAUAUUGAUAUCAGAAAGGAUCUCUUCAACAAUAUUGUCAUGUCUGGUGGUACUACCAUGUUCGAAGGUAUUCCAGAAAGAUUGAAGAAGGAAAUGACUGGUUUGGCUCCAGCUUCUAUGUCUGUUAAGGUUGUUGCUCCACCAGAAAGAAAGUACUCUGUCUGGAUUGGUGGUUCCAUCUUGUCGAGCUUGUCAACCUUCCAACAGAUGUGGGUUACCAAGGAAGAAUAUGAGGAUGCCGGUGAACAAAUUGUCCACAGAAAGUGUUUCUAA